AUGACUGCAGUGUACGUUAAUGGAGGCGGCCUGGUGAACCCCCACUAUGCCAGGCGGGAGCGGCGGGAGAGCGUGGGAAGUGGCUGCCAGACAGAGUGCAGCAAGGAGGACGAAGACGGACAGCGUCGCCAGCUGACACCCUUUGAGAAGCUGACCCAGGACAUGUCCCAAGAUGAGAAGGUGGUGAGAGAGAUCACGCUGGGGAAACGGAUCGGCUUCUACCGAAUCCGAGGGGAAAUUGGAAGUGGAAACUUUUCCCAAGUGAAGCUGGGGAUUCACUCCCUGACCAAAGAAAAGGUGGCCAUUAAGAUCCUGGACAAGACCAAGUUAGACCAGAAAACUCAAAGGCUACUAUCUCGUGAAAUCUCCAGCAUGGAAAAACUGUACCAUCCCAACAUUAUCCGUCUUUACGAAGUUGUGGAGACUCUGUCCAAGCUUCAUUUGGUGAUGGAGUAUGCAGGAGGUGGGGAGCUCUUUGGGAAAAUUAGCACUGAAGGGAAGCUCUCAGAACCAGAAAGCAAGCUCAUCUUCUCCCAGAUCGUGUCCGCUGUGAAGCACAUGCAUGAAAACCAAAUUAUUCACAGAGAUCUGAAAGCAGAAAAUGUGUUCUAUACCAGUAACACUUGUGUGAAGGUGGGUGAUUUUGGAUUCAGCACAUUAAGUAAAAAAGGUGAAAUGUUGAACACUUUCUGCGGGUCUCCUCCCUACGCUGCACCUGAACUUUUCCGAGACGAGCACUAUGUCGGCGUUUAUGUGGAUAUCUGGGCCUUGGGGGUGCUUCUGUACUUCAUGGUGACCGGCACCAUGCCAUUCCGGGCAGAGACCGUGGCCAAACUGAAGAAGAGCAUCCUGGAGGGCACGUACUGCACGCCCCCGCACCUGUCGGAGCCCUGCCUCCGCCUCAUCCGGGGGGUCCUUCAGCCCGUACCCACCGACAGGUACGGGAUCGACUCCAUCAUGAACAAUGAAUGGAUGCAGGGGGUGCCAUACCCCACCCCUUUGGAACCUUUCCAGCUGGAUCCCAAGCAUUUGUCAGAGACCAGCACUCUCAAGGAAGAAGAAAAUGAGGUCAAAAGCACUUUAGAACAUUUGGGCAUCACAGAGGAGCAUAUUCGAAAUAACCAAGGGAGGGAUGCCCGAAGCUCCAUCACAGGGGUCUAUCGGAUCAUUUUACAUAGAGUCCAAAGGAAAAAGGCUUUGGAAAGUGUCCCAGUAAUGAUUCUACCAGACCCUAAAGAAAGGGAUAUAAAGAAAGGGUCCCGUGUCUGCAGAGGCAUAAGACACACAUCCAAAUUUUGUUCAAUUUUAUAAAUUGCAUUAGAUGACUGGUAAUCAAUUAACCAAGAGCAUUGUCGCUGCUUUUAAAUUUUUUCAUGGACAACUUGGGUGAAGACGUUUUUGUAAUUUUUAAAUAAAUUUAAGACAAGGGUUUUUCUCCUCAAAAAGUGUAUUAGCUCAGAUUCUGGCUUGCUCUGCUGUCUUGUUCUCAAACUCUAGCAUUCAUUCAUUUAAUCAAGAAAUACAUAUCCAAUGCCUCCUAUGUGCCAGGCACUGUUCAAGGUGCUGGGGAAAGAGCAAAGAUGUAGUAAGCCAGGUUCUCCCUCUCCUAUGCAAGCUAUUCCAGUGCUGGACAAAGACACUACCAUGAAAUCAUCUCUUAAAGGAAAACGUUAGAUAGUUAUAGCUGCUACACUGAGAAUUCAAAUAGGGUAACCUGAUGAUAGAGGCUUGCUGCUUUGCAUUAGAUCAUUAGGGGAGGCCUCUUUGAAUAGAUGACAGUCUGAAAUCUGAAUGAGACUCUUGAAAAGCAGGCCAAGAGCAUUCCAGGCAGCCAGGUGUUUUACUCUGGGUUCCUCCCAAACAGAGCCUAAGACAAGGCUCCAUGUAGAGCAGUUUAUUUGGGAAGUGAUCCUAGAGAGCAAGAUUGCCAGACAAGGGAGAGGACCAGGGAAAGCCGAUGAGAGUUGGCCAGUGGUACAGGUACUGGUGUCAGUCUUGCAGGGUCCUGUCCAGGGUACAAAAGGAGAAAGAAGGCAUUUAUCCAUUGGUUCCUGUUCACCACUGGGCAAGAGUGGCCCCACAGUUUCACCUGCCUGCACUUUCAGGUCAUGCUGUAAGUACCUCGCUACCCAGUGGUGCGACUGGGAAGAACAUUUAACGGCAGAUUAUGCCGUUUGAGGAGUGCCGAAUAGGUUCCCUGUGCUUCCCAUGCUUUAGUGUCAGAGAAGCUUUGGAGCAGGAAGUAAGAGGUACACAGCACUGGCCUUAGAUAAGAUGCAGUCAGGUGUGACCUGGGUGAAGCCAUCCAGACUUGCAUGGAAUUGGUUACUGCGUCAGUGGCUGAAAGGAGAAUUGUGGCAGAGAGGCUGCGAAGUGGUACUGAGGAGCUACCUGAUGCAGCCCACCCCAGGCUCUGUCAGAUUCCUCCCAUGUUAAAUCCGUUGCAGAGGCAUCUCCUUCCAGGGGGAUGGGACCUGGAAGGACUUAAUGCGGGGGCUCAGGAGAACAAGCUGCAGCUGUGGUUCUCAGGUUCUGGGGCAUCAGCAUCGCCUGGAGGGCUCGUUAAAGCGCACAUGAGGUCUGACUGCACACCUGGGAUGGAGCCCAGGCUCUGCCUUUCUGACGAGCCCCUCAAUGCUGCUGCUGCUGCAAGUCAGGCACCGCACUUUAACGACUGAGCUUGCUCGCCACUGCAACUGGUGCUGGACUGUCCCCCCUCCCCAUCACCCAUUCCGAAGUCCCUCACCUUGGACCAGCACUUCAGCUGGUCUAGAUCAGGUAAGUAGGACACAGACUUCGACCAUCAUGGGACCUGAGACCUUAGCUGCCUUGCCCUGUCAGGCUGUGGCUGCUGCCAUGGCCUGCUCUCUGUUUCCACGAGGCCCGAAGGUGGCAGUCCAGUGAAUCUCUUGGGCUCCAGACAUACUCCUCUUUAGCUCCUUAUGAUAAUCCAGGUCAAUUAUCUGCCCCAGUACAAUAGCCCCUUCCUUGCCUGCUCAUCCACUGGCACGGAGAUCGCACAGGGACCAUGCGGUGUUUUUAGAAGUCAAGUCACCUUACCCUUACCAGGUCCCCUGCCCCUGGAAGCAAAACUUCUAAUCAAUCUGAGCCUAGGUUGUAGGAGACAAGUUGUCUUGC